UUCCAUUCUGUGUUUAUUUCCGGAAGUGAGUUAUUGUCAGUGUCAGACUUUCCCAUAAGAGUAUCAAAUCUGAGAUCUACAACGCGGCAGCGAAAGGACUGUCCACUUCCACAGGAUGGCACAUUGGUUUCACAGAAAUCCACUGAAGGCAACGGCGCCCGUUUCCUUUAAUUUUUAUGGAGUGGCAGGGAGCCCCGCUGCCAAUAAGAUAUGCAAUGACCUUAGGACAACCAGGGCGAGACUACUGGAGAUGUUCACUGAUGUCACCUGCACCCCUGAGAUUAUGAAAAAUGCUACAAAUGCAUACUUCUCUGUCCUACAAGGCUUUAUCGUGUCCUUGGAUGGAAGUACACAAGAGAACAAGAUGAGAUUCAUCCAGAACUUUAAGUGGACUGACACCUUACAAGGAAACACACCAAGUGCCCAGCAAGAUGUGGUGUUCGAACUGGUCUCCAUGGCCUUCAAUGUGGCUAUCUGGUACACUAAGUUUGCCUCAAGAUUAGCAGGGAAGGAGAACAUCACAGAGACUGAAGCAAAAGAUGUUCACCGGAGCCUGAAGGUUGCUGCUGGACUGUUCAAAAAUCUGAAGGAAGUGCACAUCCCUCGUCUCAUCACUCCAGCUGAAAAGGGCAGAGACCUGGAGCCCAGAGUGAUUGAUGCUUAUAUUAUCCAGUGCCAAGCAGAAGCACAGGAAGUGACAAUUGCCCGAGCAAUUGAGCUCAAGCACAAUGCUACUCUCAUUGCCGCUUUGGCGUUUGAGACGGCUAACUUCUACCAAAAAGCUGACCACACACUCAACACUUUGGAGCCAGAGUGCAGCAGCAAGUGGAGGAAGUAUCUGCAGCUGAAGCAGCACUUCUACAUGGCUUAUGCUUACUGCUACCAUGGACAGACACUACUGGCCAGUGACAAGUGUGGUGAAGCCAUAAGAUCCCUCCAGGAGGCAGAAAAGUGUUAUUCCCGUGCUGAGUCGCUGUGUAAAGAAUAUCGUCAGACCAAAGGCCCAGGCACCACUGCCAAGCCGUCGGAGCAGCUGUUCUUCCUCAAACUGGGUGGCUUCAUUAAGAACACGCUGGAGAAAUGCCAGAGAGAAAAUGGCUUCAUAUACUUCCACAAAGUCCCGGAUGAGGCCCCUCAACUGGAGUUGAAGGCCAGCUAUGGCCUGGCUGAGCCCAUCCCCUUUGAGCUGCCACUGCUCAGCGAGCAGUGCACCCCUGAGGUCUAUGCCACCUUUGAUCUGACCAAGGGAGCAAAACAUGACAAGGCCAAACCGAAGGACGAGGAAGUGAAACCAGUGAAGGAGCCGGACUUGAAGCCUCAAAAGGACACAGGCUGCUCCAUCUCCUAAAGCACCCCAUUGCACUCCACAUCACAUACCAUCUCAUCCACCAUUUUCCUUCUCUUCUAAACCACCAUAGGAAAAUGUAUAUACAUGUAUAUUUUUUCAUUUUAGUAAUGUCUGAAUCUGUAUUGUUUUACAUUACUGCUGUGUAGUGUAUAUGAUGCUAAUCUCUGGAUCUUAAAACUGUCUUAAAGGUGAACAGCUCUUUCCUGUCAUGGUUACAAAUCUCCAGUCAGAUUGAGAGGCUGAAUUUGAUCUUUACAUGAGGUGGGUUUAGAGUAGAAUAUGACAAAUGAAGCCUUAUAUGUAAAGGAGUCCUGGUAAUGGUGCCUUUGGCUGCCAUGUAAACCUGUUCACUGUGGCAUCUUGAAGGAGAUGAUGGGAUGGUACUGGACUGGAGUCCUCUGGCCUUGCUUUAGAUUGCUCAAAUAUCAAAAACCUGCUCAUCAGACGUAAUAGAAAUAGCCCCAGGAUACAAGAUAGUCUUGACAGGAUUGUAUAUUGAAUAUUUACCACUACAUAAAAUACAAUGCAACUACCUUGGAUAAUUUAAAGGUUUCAUUCCCACAAUCAGCCUGCAUAUUUACAAUUACACUUAAAAAUUUCCACUGUAACAAAGACUACAUUGAUUAUUACCUACCGCUUUGUUUUAGCUGUUGCAGUUUACAAUCAAUAUUUCACAUGAUAUGAUGUAUUUACUCGAUUUUUGUUUUGUACAUGAUAUGUAAUGUAGCUGUUAUCUUCUUUUACUCUUCAUUUACAAACAUUUUGUUAGUCUUUCACAGUUGUUAAUUUAUUUGUGUAGCAAUAUUUUAGUUAACUACCAAAAAUACUUCCAGCAGUAUACAUUGAAAAUAAAAAGUCUGCACACCCCUGUUUCAAAUGCCAGAUUUUUGUGAUGUAAAAUAGUGAGACCAAGGUAAAUACUUUGAAAAAUUUUUCCACCAUUAAUGAGACCUAUAACCUCUCCAAAUCAAUUGAAUAACAAAUCAAAAUCUUUUAAGGGGAAAAAUAAAAAACUUACAAUAACCUGGUUGCAUAAAUAUAAAUAUCCAUAACCUAAUACUCUUUUGGCUUUUAUUACUGCACUCAGUCUUUCUCCUGAGCACAGCCCUCUUUAGAUCACCCCACAGAUGUUCUACCGGAUUCAGGCCUGGACGCUGGCUAGGCCAUUCCAAAACCUUUAUCUUCUUCUGGUGAAGGCAUUCUUUUGUUGAUUUGGAUGUGGGCUUUGGAUCACUGUCAUGCUAAGGGAUGAAGUUCCUCUUUGUUUUCAGCGUUCUAGCAGAAGCGUGAAAGUUUUGUGCCAACACUGACUGGUGUUUGGCACUGUUCAGAAUUCCCUCUGCCUUGUCCCCAGUUCCACUUGAAGAAAAACAGCCCCAAAGCAUGAUGCUGCCACCACCAUGCAUGUAAAUAUGGUGUUCUUUUGGUGAUGAGCAGUGUUGUGUUUGCGCCAAAUACACCUUUUGGAAUUAUGGCCAAAGAAAUCAACCUUGGUUUUAUCCAACUGUGACAUAUUUUCCCUCGUGCAUUUGGGAGAUUGAAAUGUGUUUUCAAAAAAAUUUAGCCAGGCUUAGGUACUUUUCUUCACAAGAAAAUGCUUUCGUCUUUCUAUCCUACCCCAUAGCCUAGACAUGUGAGAUUGUUGUCAUAUGUACUACAUUGCAAGUAUUUGCUAGAAAUUUUUCCUUCAAUGUUGCUGCCGGCCUCUUGACAGCCUCCCUGAUCAGGUUUCUUCUCAUUUUUUCAUCAGUUUUGGAGGGAUAUCUAGUUCUCGGUAAUGUCACUGUUGUGCCAUGUUUUCUCCACUUGAUGAUGACUGUCUUCACUGUGUUCCAUUGUUUAUUUAAUGCCUUGGAAAUUCUUUUGUACCCUUCUUCUGACUGAUAUCUUUGAAUAUUGAGAUCCCGCUGAUGCUUUGGAAGCUCUCUGAGGACCUUGGCUUGUACUGUAAGAUGUAGAUGUGACUACAAAAAUGUCAGGAAAAGCCUACUAGAAUAGUCCAACUUUAUUUGGGGUUAAUCAGAGGCACUUAAAAUGGUGGCAGGUGUGUGCUGACUACCUUUUAACAUGAGUUUAAAUGUGAUUGGUUAAUUCUGAAUACAGCCACAUUCCCAGUUAUAAGAGGAUGUGCACACUUGGCCAGUAUCUGUCAUCUAUUUUUUCUUCCCCUCCCUCAAAGAUUUCAGUUUGUUUUUCUUUUGAGUUGUAGAGGUUAUAAGUUACAUUAACGAUGGAAAAAGUUUUGAAAUUAUUUAUCUUGGUCUAAUUUUUUUACAUCACAAAAACCUGGCAUUUCAACAUGGGUGUGUAGACUUCUUAUAUCCACUCUACAUUACACGCAACCUGCGAUGUCAAUUUUUGCCCACAGGUGCAAUCUUAACUCUGGUAAAGUCACUAAAGGAGCAUUGUUAAGAAAGUAUGUACUGUACAUCUUCUGGAGUGUUAUUCCUGUCCUUAAAGAUAAAGACAGAGCCUUGACCAGUAUCAGAUUUGAAGGGAAUGCGGAUUUCAAAAUCUAAAAAGAGUUCCUCUGUGCUGCUGUAACCACAAAAAUCUCCCAGUAAAUUUCUACAUACAAAUGGCUAGAAACUUGUAUAAACUGUAACAUAAACAUCAUUUACAUCCUUGUAUGUUGCUUAGCUGAGCUAGAAAAUGACAGAAGCUAAUUUUAGUUUACUCUUUUAGUUGACCAUUGCACUUUAUCUCAAUGAUAUGCCGGGAUUCCAGUGGAGAUUUGCUCAUGUUUAGGGCACUUACUCUGUUUCUGUGUGGUCUGGUUUGGUUUUGAUUGGUGAAGCCAUUUGAGAAGUAUUCCAGAAAAACAAUUUAGCGCUUGUUCCUUUUUCUCUCUUACAAGAUAACUGCUAAUCAGCUUCAUCAUUGCAGUGUAUACUCAUGUCUCUUAUUGUUCCUCCUCAAAUAGUGUCCUACAUGGAAAAUGGACUUCAGAUAAUUAAAUCAUGUAUUAAACUCA